AUGCCAGUAUUGGAGCAGUUCAAAAACUUUAUCAGACACGGAAAGGCUGCUCGCGAAGCGCCAGAAGGUUUGACCAACGAUCCUGCUGCCGCCGGCCCCUCAAUCCAAGUCCAGCCCGCAACAGACACACAACAAGCAGGCUUUGCCCCGAGCGACAAGGCUUUGCCCGUCCCCGCCGCCACCUCCCACUCCCACGCCGCCCCUUCCACAGCAGCCGUUGCCGCAUCAACAACCUCCACAACAGCCGCACCUUCCACCUCCACCUCCAACCAACAUCAGUCCGACCAGGCGCGCGACAUGAGGCAAUCCAGCAACGGCAACCACCUCGCCGUCCCCGCCGCAGGUUCCUCCAAGGGCGACCAAUACCAGCGCGAGGCAGAGCGCAUCGUCGCAGAGGAGCGCGAAGCCUCGGAAAAGAUGCCCUACUACGAAGGCCUCAGCGAGCGCUUCCAGCUCAUCAAGAAGAUGGGCGACGGCGCCUUCUCCAACGUAUACAAGGCCCGCGACAGGCAGACCGGUCAGAAGGUCGCCAUCAAGGUCGUGCGCAAGUACGAACUCAACAGCAAUCAGAACGCCUCUGGCCAAGGUGCUUCUGACCGGCAGCAAGACGCAUGCCAUCCGCUCUCGGCGCUAGGUCGCCUGCCAAGCUCCGUCCACUUCUUCCGUUUGCAACAGCGCGGGCGUGGUCGGCACGCUGCAGGCGCCAGGCUGAUGACCCUCGCUCCUAUGCUCAACCCGUACACACGACGACCCGAACAAGAGAGCGGAACAAGCGCUUCGAUGCCGUGCAAAAGGCAAACAGCCCGAACGGAACUAACCACAUUUUACCCUCCUUCCUUGACGCUCCUGGUGGUCCUCUCGCCGCCCUCCGCGACGCUGUAUCUACAAAACACCCUUGCCCACACCGCCGGCUCACAGGAUCGACUUGACCCCAACUUCAGAAAGAAGAACCGCGUCACAGAGCCCUCUUUCCCUAUGUUCGCCAUCCGGCCCAGGGAACCGCAGAACGAAAGUCCUGCGUCCUCGCCGCUUGCGAACAACCCUUCCCCAUAUCAUUUCCCUCACCUUCACCUGGCUCGGGAUCCCCUCGUCUUCAUACGACCAGGUCUCCCGGCGCAACACGGCAUUCUCGUCGCUUUGCGGCCGCACUCAUGGCCAGAGAGCGGCGUCGUUGUGCCUCUCAUCUCCACUCCACACGUGCGCGCCAACAUCCUCAAGGAGGUCCAGAUCAUGCGCAACCUCAAGCACGACGGUAUCGUGGAUCUGCUCUCCUUCUCCGAGUCGCGCGAUCACUACUUCUUGGUGCUCGAGCUCAUGGAGGGCGGCGAGCUCUUCCAUCAGAUCGUCAAGCUCACCUACUUUAGCGAGGCGCUUGCCCGCCACGUCAUUCUUCAGGUCGCGCAUGCCAUCCGCUAUCUGCACGAGGAGCGCGGCGUGGUGCACCGCGACAUCAAGCCCGAGAACCUGCUGUUCGAGUCGAUCAAGAUCAUCCCCUCCAAGCAUCCCAUCCAGCGUCCCUACGACGAGGAGAAGGAGGACGAGGGCGAGUUCAUGCCCGGCAUCGGAGGUGGCGGCAUCGGCCGCGUCAAGAUCGCCGACUUUGGCCUGAGCAAGGUGGUGUGGGAGGAGAGCACCAUGACGCCCUGCGGCACCGUCGGCUACACGGCGCCCGAGAUCGUCAAGGACGAGCGCUACUCCAAGUCGGUCGACAUGUGGGCGCUCGGCUGCGUGCUCUACACGCUCCUCUGCGGCUUCCCGCCCUUCUACGACGAGUCGAUCUCGGUGCUCACCGAAAAGGUGGCCAAGGGCUACUACACCUUUUUGAGUCCGUGGUGGGACGACAUUAGCGCUUCGGCCAAGGACCUCAUCACCCACCUCCUCUGCGUCGACCCUCGCCAGCGAUACACGAUCGACGAGUUCCUGCGUCAUCCAUGGUGCAACGUCAAGGACCCCAUCCCGGACCUCAACUCGGCCGACAUUGCGCUGGCCAAGGCGUCCGAGAUGCCGCUCGACUCGCCGCUGCUGGCGUCGAUGAAGUCGGGCAACGCGGCGCGCAACGCCAUGAUGUCGCCGGGCAUCAACCGCCUCAAGGAGGCCUUCGACGUGACGUACGCCGUGCACCGCAUGGAGGAGGAGGGCGCACGCAAGCGCGCCGGCGGCGGCAACCCGCUCGGCGAGCUCAACGAGGAGGACGAGAGCGACGAGGCCGACGAGGCGCGCCGCAAGUACGGCGAGGAGGCGGGCCGCGCGGUGGAGAGCCAGCGCGGCGCACGCGUGCACAACGAGGCUAGCGCUGCCAAGGCGCAACCUCGUCAAGCAGCACCGCAACAGCAACAGCAGCCGCAACAGCAGCCGCAACGACAGGCGCAGCAGUACCAGGGCCGCGGUGGUGCCGACCGCCGUCUGGCUGAAGCGGCACUGUACGACGGCAGGGCAGGUCCGAGGGACCGUGGCCAGAACUCGAACCGGAAGCGUGGCUUUGAGCUCAACAUGGGCAACGCCACGCUGCUCGGCAGGAGGAACAAGGCGGCUGCGGGUGCUCCCCGCUUGGACAACCUGGGCAAGCCGAUUAUCGAUGGCGCCCAUGCCGCGGGUGUCGUGCCUGGUAGCCCGAUGCGUGUAGACUAG